AUGACCAACCCUCAAGAUCUAAAGAAUGUUAUUACUGAAAAUGUAAAUGAUGCCCCACACGAAAGAAUUAACAAUAAUUACAAUUUAUCAAAUUUAUCCAAUGAACUUGAACAUAUAAAUUUGAAUAAUGAUAAUAAUGAUGAUGUUUUUAAUUAUAAUGAUGUUUUUAAUGAUGAUGAUGAUGAUUCUGAUUUAAGUGAAUUAGAACCUUUUGGAUAUGAGUUAUUAAAUCAGGAAGAUGAUAGAAAUGAAGAUGAAGGUGAAGAUGAAGAUAAUGAAGAUGAAUAUGAUUUACAAAAUAGUGAAAUUCUUAAUUUAAAAAAUGAAAUACCAAAUGAAAUACCAAAUAAAUUACAAAUUUCUCCUAGUAAUGAGGAAAAAAUAUCUGAUGGUGAUUUAAAUCUUAUUAAUUCAAUAAUGAAGAAUGUGAGAAUUCCAGAUUCUUCAAUACCAGGUUAG